GCGAGAUGUGGCAAGCUGUGCUGGAUUCAACGUCAAGCACGGUGGAGCACUUCCUAGCGCGAGAAGCGGUGACGCCAUGCCGCAAGGCUACUUGCAAUUCUGAACGCGAUCCAUUACUCUUGGAAUUCCAGCGUAGACUCCGCAACAGACGGAGGACGCACGACUUGGCAGACUGAACAGCCACGAAAGCCCUUAAUCGCAUUUCAAGGAGCAUGGCUGCGCAAUGCCAGUCGCUGCUUGAAACAUUCCCGAAGGCCGGCAGGAACGCGCAAUCGGGAUUUCCUUUUUCGACGAUAGAAGGACGGCGGCACUGCCGCAUUCAGCGCUUACAGGAAGUAGGAGAUCCCAACCGGCCUGGAAAUCCAUGGUCUUGAAUCCGCCGUGCUACUAUGAGAGAGCAUUCGGAUUGCUCAACCAUUCAUUCAGUGUCGUUUCACCGCUCCACAUUUUCUCCAUUCCUUAAUUAGUGCCGCCUUUCCUCGAGUUGCGCGUUAGCAACCACCCCGCGCUCUGUGUUCGCUGUGAGCCUCUCCAGCGACCCCGGUGUGAGGAGUACCCGUUUCCUCCUUGCCAAGUUUGUAAUCCGCCAUAAGCGCGUGCACGCCUACCGUCUGCGCGAAGCAGCCAUGGCCGGGAUGUCUUCGUCUCGCACUCUCCCCAUGCUGCGACUCGCCUUCGUCCUCGCUGUGGCGCUCUCUCUCCUCUCACGCGUCUCCGCCCUGCGCCGUUUUCUGCAAACCGGCGGCAAUGGCACUGUGACUGUAACGACGACCACGACAACGAGCACCAGCGUGAGCAACAGCACCACGUACGGCCCUGACGGCUCUGUUAUAAGCACCGGCUCCACCACCGCCGCUGGGAGUGGCGGCACUGGCACUGGCGGAAGCACCGCCAGUGGGGGGGGCACUGGGGGAGGCGGAAGCAGCUCAAGCGGGGGCAGCACUGGCAGCGGGGGAGGCACGAGCAGUGGAGGGAGCAGCAGCACUGUGAACCUGAAUGCUCCCACGCGAUACAGCGCUGUAUCCCGGCUCAACAACGGAGAGGGGUACGACUUGACCGCAAAAUUCACCGUGGACGCAAACAUCACGGCUGCGAAGCAGAACGUCCUCUUCCAGUUCCUCCUCAUGAAAGUGCCCACCAGCCCGCCCCCCGUGCUCUCCAAGCCUGCCUACUACACCAGCAGCGGUGCGCUGAUCACUGACCUCGCUUGCACGUUCACGCCCCAAGCUGACCCAACCACCUUGUCCUGUGGCCUGGGAUCAGAGGUUGCUCUCUCUCUGCCUUUCAAAGCAGGGGGGAAGGUCAAGUCCUUGAUUGAUGCAGGAUUCUUCGCAAGUCCUAGCAGUGCCUAUUCCUCAAUCACUGUGAACGGGAUUGAACUGCGCGGACAGAUCGUGCCAACUGUGACUAAUCUGUGAUGCGGCUGCGGGAUGUACGGUAUAAUGGCUAGCUUGUGGGUGUAUGUUGUGAGGCAUGGCUCUCAUCUUGUUUCUUGUAUGAAGGCCUAAAUAGUAUAAUGCGAGCUUUGUAAGGCAUUACAUAUAUUCCUUCCUGCCGUAUCUC